GGCAUGGCUAGAAUGGCGACCAACUACAUGGAGCUUGCCUGUCAUUUGCUCACGGCCGAUUCUUAUGGGCGAUUUAGAUAACCCAGACCAUUUUGUGGCCACCACGACAACUAAGUAACCAGCUAGCUACCUUGAGUUUUCUAACCCGUAAUUGGAUAAUUAAUAGGUCCUAAAGAGAAGGAUUCCUGGUGCUUUACAUUUGACCUCUUUGGAGAACAAUAUGUUGCAAUAUAAUUAAAUUGUAAAAUGGGAACAUGAUCAGUUCAUAGAAGAACUUGUUUAGCCUUUGGAAGAGGCCGGCGAGGCUCCCGGGCGUAUCCGCCGUCCUGGGGUGCUCCCAGCGGGUGUGGGCGCAUGGCAUGGACCUGGAUGCGGGACAGCAUGCGGCGCUGGGAUUGUCAUACUACAAGGGAUCGGUCCCGCUACACAGCUGCGGCGGCGGCACCCAGGACAACUGCUACACAACAAAUAACCCCAUCAAUUGGUAGAGGGGGUCCAGCAAGCACUAGCGGCCGCGAACAUUUUGGCCUUACACCGGCGCGCGCGGUGCAUCCUACUGAGCGCGGCGGGCGAUGUGACGCUGCAGCGGUACAUCAAGGUGGGCUCGGUCGUAGCGACGUCCUUGGAGGCACGCCAGGGCCUCCACCCCUGACAUCCAGACGCAUAAUGAAUCGGAGGAUUAAGAGCUGCGAUAGAGCGGAACAGCUGGCGAGUCUGGUGCUUGAGGAGGUAGCCAAUUUUGAUCAGCAGAACAAUACCCACGCAUUGUCUCGACUAGCAAAGCUGUUCAGGGGGAGCCGACAGUUGUUGUCGUUAUCUGAGAUGGUUGGCAAUGAGUUGCCUUCGGCCCAAGUGCCGCCGGCACUGUUGCCAGCAAUCCAGGCGCUUACAAAGCGCAUGUACCAUCUCAUCAGCAGCUACGACUCUUGGGAUGCAACUUCGUCCUUGUGGGCUUAUGCGCAGCUGGGGUACGUGGAUGAGGCGGCCAUGGACACGUUAUGCAACAUGGCGCUGGCUAUGGUCCACACGUUUAAGCCAGCGGAUUGCGCCAACGUCGUUGUUGCGUUUGCGAGGAUGGACUACAUCCACACGGAACUCCUGCGCCAAUUAGUCCCGGCCGUACUGGACGUCAUUGGUGAAUGUCGCCCCGGUGAGAUCUGCCAGCUGCUGUGGGCAUUCGCGCGCCUGGGCUGCCACCCCGGGGACCUCUUCCUCACCGAGAUGGUGGAUGCCGUACACUGGCAUCUGGACGAGUACGGCAACCAGGAGCUGGCCCUGGUGCUGUGGUCCCUGGCCCGCCUGCGCCACCUGCCGCCGCUGCCCUUCCUGGCGGCCGCGGAGACGCACCUGCUCAUCCGGCUGCCGCUGCUGACGCCCUCGGACGUGUGCGUGAGCGUGUGGGCGCUGCCGCGGCUGAGGUACAAGGCUGUCCGGCUGCUUGACGAGCUGCCUGCCGCGCUGCUGCCGCGCCUGCCCACACUGCCCAACCGGGAGCUGUGCGGCCUGGUGUCGGCAUUCGCAACGGCGCGACACCACCACCGGGUGUUGCUGGAGGCGGUUGCCGCCGAGGUGCUGCCCCGCCUGCCCUCCCUCAAACCCCAGGAGCUGUGUAUCGUGCUGUGGACAUACGGCGCCUUCCACCACCGCCCCGAGCACCCCGACUUUGCACGGCAACUGGCGGGGGUGUUGUACGACCGGAUGCCGCAGCUGAGUCCGCAGGGGCUGGCCAUGACGGCCAAGGCGCUGGCGCAGCUGCGGUGGCGCAGCGGGCCGCUGUUGGCGCAGCUGGCGGGGGCGGCGGAGCGGCAGCUGGCGGGCUUCAAGCCCCUGGAGAUGUCGCAGCUGCUGUGGGGCCUGUCGCAGCUGCACUGCCCCGAGGAGGCCAUCUUCCACGCCGUGGUGCGCCGCUGCAUAGCCAUACUGCAGGACCAGCAGCACCCCCACUACGGCCACAUGCGGCACCGCGUGGUCAACUCCAUCAUCGCCUCCUGCCAGCGCCGCGGCUUCAUCCCCUGGCUGCUGCUGGACUUUGCGGAAAGCAAGGGCAUCCGAGUGAAGCAGCCCUGCGGCCCGGACGCAAGACCGCUGGGGGGCGGAGGGUGCAGCGGCGUUGGCAGCAGCAUCAGCGG